AUGUUCGACGCGCUGACGGCCGCGGAGCAGGCCGCCGACGACGAGCCCGAGUACCGCAAGGUGCGGAUCCCGUCGCACCGCUACACGCCGCUGCGCAAGAGCUGGCCCUUGAUCGUGACGCCGCUCGUGGAGCAGCUGAAGCUCCAGGUCAGAUUCAACCCGCGGUCGCGCUGCGUCGAGAUCAAGUCGUGCGAGACGACGACGGACGGCGGCGCCGCGCAGAAGGGGGCGGACUUCGUCUCCGCGUUCGCCAUGGGUUUCGAGGUCGCGGACGCGCUGGCCCUGCUGCGGCUCGAGGAUCUCUUCGUCGACUCCUUCGAGGUGAAGGACGUCAAGAUCCUCCACGGCGACCACCUGAGCCGCGCGGUCGGCCGCGUCGCCGGCGCCGACGGCAAGACGCGCUUCGCCAUCGAGAACGCGACGCGCACGCGCAUCGUCGUCGCGAACACGCACAUCCACAUCCUCGGCUCCGCCGCGAACAUCAAGGUCGCCCGGGACGCGAUCUGCGACCUCAUCAUCGGCGCGCCGCCGGGCAAGGUCUACAACCGCAUGCGCACGGUGGCCAAGCGCCUCAACGCGCGCCUCUAA